GUUUACACAUAAGUUAUUAAAAAAGUAGAUUAUCCACGGUUUCGAUAACCUGAAGGCCAGCUACUCAAUGAUGAUGGGCUAGCGAAUUUCAGUAAUUUACAAUAUUCUUGCCAAGAAGACUCCGGAUAAUUGUUUUCUUCUAAAGCGUGGUACAUUUGAUCUAAAAACUGCACCGGGGCUUCAAAAUAGCCAGCAAGAGAGAGUUGAGUCGUGAUUUCCUUGUUUACGUCGUAUUCCCAAUGAAAUAUUUUAUGUGCAAGCCGUGCUCUCUCAUAGCAACUACUUCCCAAAAGCCAGUCCUUUUUAGAUUCUUCAUGAUAUUCUGGGUCAUUUUCUAAAGUCUUUAAACGUUAGCGUCAAGUACCUUCAAACGUAGGUCAUACCUUGUAAGUAUCACGAUCGUAUAAAUGGCCUUUAAAGCGCACCAAUUGCGUUGAUAACCGUGAAUGUAUAUUACAAGCAUCACACCCAUAUGUAGCCUCGCAUCGUCUAUUCGUCAUCGAUGGGCGGUUCUUUAAGAUACUGAUAAAACUUGGUUUCCAAAUACUCGAGAUUACAUUGGACUCCACUGAAGAAAAAAGACGUCUUCGAAUUGUUUUACAGCUGAAAAGGAGAUGAUCAUCAAUAUUAAUUUCCGUUUGAAGGUUCAUUAGCUGCUUGAUAUGGUACCGAAGGAAAUUUGCAAAAUGCGCUCGCAGACCUUGAUGACUUGUCAUUGAAAACUCUGGAGGAAGUAAUGCACGAGCACCCAUAACUUCCUCUUCUUCCUCUUCGUCUACUAUGAAGGAUUCUUCAUUUGAAGAGUCAUCGUCGCUAGUCUCUGUCUUCUCACUCGCCGAGUCUGACGCGUUUUCUUCAGCAUUUGUACUUGUAUUUCCUUGACGUUUUUCUAUACAGUGUUAGUAAUAAAUCAAAAAAUAAGACUUACUUCUAAUUAGCUCCAAUUUCUCAUGAAAGGCCUUCUUAUUUGGAUUCCUAUUACGUUUAUGUUUUUCAUCUUCAUCGGAACACAGAGAUUCCAAAUCCUCUGCCUCUUGCUUUACUUCGGUAUCAAAGUCAUCUCUUUUGUUUUCAUUUGCAUUCGCGUAUUUACCAUCGGAAGGUCGUUCUGGUGCUUCAUCUUCAGAAGAGUACGGAAGAUGUUUUCUCCUUUUGGGGUUUCUCGCUACGAAGUCUGAUUCAACCUUUGACAGAGGAACAUUGGAUAAGCUUUCGUUGGAGUCUUCAAAUUCAGAAUCUGAUAGAAAUACCUUACGAGGGGAUUUUCUGCUUUUGAAUGGAGAUAUAAACUCUGAAUCUGAAUGAUCAGAAUCAGAAUAAUGCUCCCCUAUUUCGUCUGACCUCAGUGUCGGGUUAUUCAUAUCUUUCGUAGGAGAACUUUCUAUGAUUUGAUUUUUCUUGUCUAGUGAAGUAUCUCGUAAGUGCUCUGCAUUCUUUUGACUAUACUGAACAUCCACAGUCACCUUAGAUUUAAUCAUGUCCUGUGCGUCGUUCUCAUCAUAGGAGAGAAGGUCCUUCUGCCUAAUUUCAUUUGUACUAGAGUCAUUUUGAAAGCUUGGAGCUGGGUGAAUAACCUCCUCUAUUUUGGUAUUGUCUUCGCGACUCUUAAGCUUUGAUUUUUCCGUAUGUUGCUUUGCAUAUGCCUCAGGUAGCUUUUGUUGAAUUAAAGGUUCCGCUCCAUAAAUCUUUUGUUUCUUUUUUGAAGAUUUUCGCUUUUGUUUUCUCUCAUAUACGUCCGGCGAUCCUGAAUUAGUUUGAGAAUGAUCGUUGUUCCUUAUCUCGUGCUCUGCAGGCUUAUGUUUUGAACUACCUUCCAACAUACUUUCUAUAUUUCGAAAACCCUUUUCCAAUUUCUUACGAUUCUUUCUUUGUUUCCGUGUCAUUUUGAGUAUAUACCUAGGAAGCUUAGGAAGCAAAAUUAAAUUAAAUGAAAUAAAAGUAAUAACAAUUAUUUACCCAAUAUCUUUAAAAACCAAAGGAUAAUUCUUUUUCCAAACCGCAUAAAUACGGUAGACAAUUGAUAUAUAUAUAUAUAUAUAUAAGUUCGCGUCUAAUAGAAACAACAGAAAAGCUUUAAAAUUGAUGGCUUGCUUAAAUUUUUAAAAAAACUCUAUUAAGUAUCUUUUUCCUUUAUUUUGCAUAACUUACAUCGAUCGGUUAGCCAGAAAGCAGACUAAACGCAGGUUCGUUACUGGUAAUGGUGAAUUUACCAACAGCCAGCAUAAAGGAUGGUGUAUAUAUCCAACGUUAAUGAUUUUUUUGAACAAGCUAGGCUUUUAAUAGAAGCGUAUCCUGAUACAACAAAAAUAACCACACGUUAUCGAAUUGAUGAAGACCAGCAGAGUUACCUAGUUGCGAAAGCAUAUGAAACUACAUCGGGGAUAUGUUUAAAAUUUAGAACAGACAAAGCUGCUGAAUUGAGUCGAUUGAUGCUUAUUGCAAGCAAACUUGGACAUGUUUGUAACAGAUUGGAAAUUCCACCAGAACAACCAGAACCCGAACCUGCAGUUCCAAGUAAGCCUGUCGCCCCGAAGCCGGAGCCUCAAGCUGCUCCUAGUAAGAGCUCCAAGAAAAAAAAGAAGGGGAAGAAAUAGAUGCUCUUUAUUUUGAUGCUUAUGUUCUUAGAAGUUUACUUUAUAUACCAUUUUAGCUGCGUAAAACGAGUAUUACUGCUUAAUCUUUUGGUCGAUUAGAAAUCCUUCUCUACGGAGGCGAUUCAUAUCAAAUUCAUAUUUUGAGCUCUCACACCGUGUACGCUCUAGUCCAUGAAUUCUUUUUACUUUCUCUAUUGUCUCUGUUAAUUAUUUGCAUUGAUAUUAUUCCUCGUACCUGCGAUUUAGUCAUUAGCCCUUGGGAUAUAGAUGCUAGAGGUAUAAACUAUUUGUUUGUUAAGUAAUAACAUCAUUCAAUUCUUUAUUUUAAUCCUCUUCUUCGUUCUUGGCAGUAAUAUGUGG